AAAUAUUUUGGUUUAAAUUUUUUUGUCAGCUUAUUGUCUUUCAAUUAGUACAAGUUUUGUAUUUCUUUUAUGGAACUCAUCGGUUUGAGAUUAUGCAAAUCAGUUUUUGAUAAAAGACUGAAUCCAGUAUUUGGAAGGAGGAGGAAGGAAAGUCUCUGGGUCAAUAUGACUGGAUCAUAACAUGAGGGUUAAGAAACAUGUCAAAUUACCUAACUAUGUAUCAUUUUAAACAAAUAUAGUUAAUGUUGGAGCUAUUGAGAUCAAUUGAGAUGUUUAUUUAUUUAUUUAUUUAUUUUUCUUCUUGACAAGCAAGUGACUUAUUUUGAAAGUUAAAGCAUGGACUUCAAACUCAUUUCACUGAUCCUACUUCUCCACAUUUCAGACAAACAAGCAAAUUAUUUUGAAAGUUAAAGCAUGGACUUCAGACUCGUACUACUGAUCCUACUUCUACACAUUUCAGGUUCUCUAACUCUGGUCUCUAACCUUUCUGUGACCUGUACGAAUAUUUGUGCUCUGAGGGAAACCAGUGUGCAGUUGAAGUGCUCUUAUGACAGCAACAGCAACAGCAACAUCAAAACUGUGUUCUGGUUCAGCGAGAAACAAAGUACAAACUGGAGAAAAAACAAUGAACCUGAAGAUUUGACUUUAGACUCAGAUUACUCAGGACGAGUGAAACAUCAGAUCUCAAGCAGCUCUUCAACACUCACAAUAUCAGACGUGAGAGAGAGAGACUCUGGAGAAUAUCAGCUCAUGUUCAUCAUGAAGGAUGGAGUUAAACUUCUCAGCUCAGCAGCCGUCAGUCUAACAGUCACAGUCCUGCAGGUGAGGAUGGAUCCUGCAUCUAUAGACCUGACAGAUCAGACAGUUAAACUGAGCUGUGAUGCUUCCUGUGAUUUCACCUCUCGAGUCUGGUAUGACUGGAUGAAGGAUAGAAAGCAUUUGAGAUAUACACAGUCCCCAGACAUGUCCGUGUCAGUCAGCAGAGAUGCCGGCAGCUUUUCCUGUUCUCUUUAUUCACAUCAUGCACAUCCCUCCUCUUCUGUUUGUGUUUCUCAGAGGGGCUGCUGGGAUGUGACUUACACCUCUAGAAGAGUCUGUGCUUCGGUGGGCUCAACAGUAGACAUUUCCAGCACAUACUCACAUCCCUCUGGUUAUACUGUAUAUAAAACAUUCUGGCAUUACGUUCAGCCUGGAAACUUCAAGGAUCUGCGUGAGGAGCAUCAGUUUGCUGGUCGUGUGGAGUAUGUGGGGAACAAACUGAGAAUCAAAGAUCUCAAGAUCAGUGACUCUGGAGAAUAUCGACUCAGGAUCAUCACUGACUUAAACGGCACAUACUCUGCAUCACCAGGAGUCAUUCUUACUGUUACAGAUACGCAGGUGACAAGUAACCCAGACACUGUUUUAGGAGGAGAAAAAGUCAUAUUAAUCUGUUCAACUAAAUGCACUCUGAACGACGAGCAUACUUACAUCUGGUACAAGAACGGACGACAGGUAACAGAUGGAUUCACUAAAGCCAACAAGCUGUACCUGGACUCAGUCAGCAAUGAAGAGUUUCGACAGUAUUCCUGUGCUGUAGAAGGUAUUUCAUCAGAAUCUCUUUUCAUAACCAAACUGAAAACAAAAAAUGAAGAGAUUCUGAUGCUCCAGAUGUCUUCAUCUACGUCUGCUGUCUGUCCAUCAGAGCUUCCAUUGUGUUCCUCCAUUGUGACACCAUCACCUAGCAACAGUCAGAAAUGUCAACAGCAUCAUCAGAGAUACAGUGAAGCCAAAGACAGUGACAUAUCAAUGACUGUCCAGUCUGCAUAAAUGAACAAAACUAAAACAAAACGAUUGUCCAGGUUUUAUACUUCAGCAGAUUAACUUUAACCAUAGUGAUGGCUAUUACUGUGGGAAAAGAAUUCAAGGUAACACUUUAGAAUACUGUUUCAUCAUUAAUAACUACACAGGAACACAGGAGUAACGCAAUAUUAGCACUCUAGUAACUACUAUUAACUAACAAGAAACUCUGGUUCAUGUAUUAGUAAGUAAUAGUGUUUGAUCGACUGUGGUAGUUCACUAUAUUAGCUAAUCCGUAACUACGGUUUAUUUUUUUUCAUAUGCCUCACAGAGAACUACUAAGAACUACUGUAUACAGGCUCAUAAUUAAUAUGAAUAAUGCAUAAUGUAUAAUUAAUUCUUAAGUAAAGGUCAUGGUAACCCACUAGUAUUGACUCAGUUAUUUCCAAAUAAAGGAAUUACUAAUUAUUUGGAUCAGUGUCCUAAAGUGAAUAACAUGAUAACUCUCUAGUGAAGAUUGAAAUCAUUCGUUUUUGAUGGUUUUGUAAAGUAUUGGAUAGUAAUUAUUCAAGUGUUACUACAUCCUUCAAGAGGAAUUACUAAUUAUUUGGAUCAGUAUUCUAAUAGUCAGUAUUGGAUCAGUAUUAGCUAAUAGUGAACUGCCACUUUCAGUGCUAUCACAAUACGUAAAGGCAAAGACAAUAAGCAACUUUAUUUUAAAGAGUUUCUUUUAGACAAAAAGAAGGAAAUAACACCAGCAGCGUCAACGUAUCUUUUAAAACAGGCAGUAGAAACGGCAGCUAACAUCAGAGAGCCUGUAACACAACAGCAUGUAAUGUAUGUACAGUAAUAUUUUCAUUUCAAUUAAGCUUUACAUUAAAAUGACACAUCAAUGACUGUCUGUUUUGCAUAAUCUAAUGCUCAGAUUUAUUUAUAGUACAAGUCUUCAGAAUUCAUACUGUGUAGUAGCAAUUAUUAUUAUUUUUACCAUUGAAAUGAGAAGCACUAUUUUCAUUCUAUUGUUAUUCUUUAAAGAUUAUGAAAGGAUCCAACUUAAAUGAAGGGGUGAAACCUGCACGGAUUAUAAUGAUAUUAUUGGUUCUUUAUUUUGGUAAUAUUGCGCACUCUCAUAUUUUAUAAUUCAGUAGAAUUACCCGACAGUGCCUGUCUGUAGUCAAAUGGAUGUUGAUUGGCUCUCAGUGUUUUUAUAGUUCAUCAGCUGAAAAAAACAAAACAGUCUGGAAGUGAUCACAACCGUUUUUACAAUUUUAUGGUUACAAUUAUUAUUUUUGGUGUGAACAGGCCUUUUGUGUGGAAAAAACAAACAAACAGUUCUAAUUUUCUGAGAUACUGAAUUUGGGAUUUUCCUUAGUUGUCAGUUAUAAUCAUCAAAAUUAAAAGAAAUAAACAUUUGAAAUAUAACAGUCUGUGUGUAAUGAAUGAAUAUAAUAUACAAGUUUCACUUUUUGAAUGGAAUUAGUGAAAUAAAUCAACUUUUUGAUGAUAUUCUAAUUAUAUGACCAGCACCUGUAAACUUGGUAGAGUUACUUCAUGGAUCUGUGAUUUCCUGAAAAGGCAGCACCACCUAUUGGUCAAGAAAAAAACAUAUGUUAAUGUGUUCAUAACAACAGUAUAAUAAAUAACAUGUUCUGAAAGUGUUCUGGGAGUUUGGAGACAGCGCCAUCUAGUGAACUGUUUUUGUUUGCUUCAAAUUUCUCUCUUUUGCUCGACUCUCUCAUCUUGGUUUGUCUGUUCGGCUGCAGGUCCAGCUGAAUGUAGCAGUGAAUAAAGCUGCUGGCUUCCAGAAACUGUGUGUUGAACCCCAGCUAGAGCAGUCUUAGAUAUGUACUUCUGUUUAGUUUUGACUAUGAGGCUUUGUGUUGUGCUACUAAAAUACAAUACAUUUUAUUACCUUUUAGUUUUUGAUAUUUACUGUAUGUCAGAGAAAAACAAUAUAAUGAAACAUCCUGUCUUCUAAGAUGUAUUUGUUGGUUAUUGAAGAUGUGUCUGUUGCUGCCUGUGAUAUCCCAUAAUCAUACGCCUAUAAAAAGAAAUGAAAUGGCAUCUUACGGUGCAGUUGAAAUUAAAUUAAUA